AUGCGCCUCCUCCGCAAGCUACUGUUCUCGGUCCUGGCUCUGGCCAGCCUCGCGUUGGCUAAGUCCAGCACUGGUGACUCCGUCCUCGUGGUUUUGGACCCUUCGUUGAGGAAGGAAGACUACUCUAUCUUCUUCGGAGAUCUCGAAAAGCGGGGAUACUCGCUGACUUUCAGGGCCCCGAAGGACACUACACCCGAGGUCAUCAAGGAUGGCAUCCCCCAGUUUGCGCACAUCAUCCUCUUUUCCCCUGAGACCAAAUCGUACGCAUCGGACAUCACUCCCCAGUCCCUUGUGACCCUUCUCAACAAAAACACCAACGUCCUCUUCUCGCUCUCUGAAAAGCAGACGCCGCUCUCGUCGCUCGCCGCCGAGUUCUCCCUCGUCCUUCCUCCCCCAGGGACCCCGCUCAUCUCCCACUUCCCCCAACGUGACACGCCCGCGACCGUCGUCCCCGUCGACGCGCCCCGCGCGCACCACAUCAUCUCCCCCAACCCCGCGCCUGUAUGGUUCUCUGGCAUCCCUCAAGCACUGGGCCCUUCACCCUUGAUUGUGCCCCUCCUCAAGGCCCCUCCGCAGUCUUUCGCCUCUGAAGCCUCUGGUGACAGCGACGCCGACAUGCUUGUGGAGGCCGCGGAGAAGACGGGCGAGGGUCUUUGGGCGGGCAGUGCGAUGAGCCUCGUCACGGGCUUCCAGCCCACCGGGAACGCGCGCGCGACGUGGGUCGGCGGCGUGGCGAUGUUCAGCGACGAGUACAUGAAGAAGGAAGCGUCCAAGGGUGUGCAGUCGGGCAACCAGCAGUUCGCGCGAGACGUUACGGCGUGGACGUUCCAGGAAUCGCUCGUCCUCCGUCUCGACAGGACCGAGCACCACCGCGUGAACGAAACGCUCCCCGCGGAGGUGUACACGAUCAACGACAUGGUGACCUACUCCGCAUACAUCUCUCAAUAUGACGCGGAGACGGACUCGUGGGAGCCCUACUCUGGCAUCAAGGACCUACAGCUCGAGUUCACCAUGCUCGACCCGCACAUCCGCACCUCUCUCCCUGCCGUCCCUGGAGAGCCGGGUAAAUACUCUGUCACCUUCCGCGUCCCCGACCGCCACGGCGUCUUCAAGUUCGUCAUCAACUACAAACGCAACGGGUGGACAUACCUCGACAGCUCAAUGGUCGUGCCCGUCGUGCCCCCACAGCACGAUGGGUACCCACGCUUCCUCAGCGCGGCGUGGCCAUACUAUGCGGGCGCAUUCAGCACGAGCGCCGCGUUCGUGCUCUUCGUCGCGCUCUGGCUGGGAGGCGAUGACCGCGAGCCGAAGAAGAACAAGGGCUCGAAGGCGGAGUGA